AACAAAAAGCGCCAUUCCCAAAAAUCUAUAUUCAUUAUACAAAAAUUGUUCAAAUUUAGGCCUCCCCGGUCACAUCCAUUCUAAUCCUCUAACCAGAGAGGAGAGAGAGAGAGAGAGAGAGAGUCCGUACUCCAUGGAAAUGGAAGGGUGAUACAAGAAAAUUUACAGAAAUAGAGAGGGUCAGAGGAGGGUAUUGAGGAAACAAAGAAUAACCAAGAGUAAACAUCCUGCAUGCUAUCAUCAGACAGAAAUGUAAUGCCCGUUAGUAGUAACAGCUCUGUGUGUGUGUGUGUGUGAGAGAGAGAGAGAGAGAGAAGAGAGAGAUUUAGCUGAGAAUAUGCUGUAGGAGAGAGAAACAGAGGAUGAAUAUCUGCUUUGUGGACUGGAAGCAGAGUUAAACCAGAGCUGCACCACCACCACCGUCUCCUCAAGAUCACGAUGUCGUUUUCAGCUGAGGAACCAACCGCAGACCCUAACUCACCAAUGAAGAAGACGCCACCAAGCUGGUCAGACCUCUGGCUCAAGAAUACCAAACCCUUAAAACAUGUUGUCUUCGCUAUGCAUCUCCAGUCUCUCUCUAGCCCCACUGCCACCAAAGACUCCAAAACCAAGAACCAAACACUAUUCUCCAAUUUCUCCAAAAUCGACCGUACACUUCUCUUAAGCGACGAGCUUCUCCUCAAAAUCCUGUCCAAACUACCCGAUUCGCAGAGAAACUCUAACUUUCUUGUUUGCAAGCGGUGGCUUAAUCUCCAAGGCCGCCUUGUGCGGUCCUUGAAGGUGUUAGAUUGGGAGUUUAUAGAGUCUGGUCGCUUAAUUGCAAGAUUCCCAAAUCUGACCCAUGUGGAUUUGAUCAAUGGUUGUAUUAUUACGCCUCAUGAUUCUAGUAUUUGGUUAAAUCACAGGUUCCUUUCGAUGCAUAUCAAUUCUGAGAUUUCCGGGUUUGUUCCAAAUUGGCGUAUUUGUGAGGAAAGUUUGUUGUCUGUUGAGGUAGUUGAUAGAGGGCUUAAAGCAUUGGCCAGUGCUUGCCCUAAUUUGCGCAAGCUUGUAGUGAUUGGUGCGAGUGAGUUAGGUUUGUUGAAUGUAGCUGAGGAAUGUCUAACUUUGCAAGAACUGGAGUUGCAUAAGUGCAAUGAUAAUGUCUUGCGUGGGAUUGCAGCAUGCGAGAAUUUGCAGAUCUUGAAACUUGUAGGAAAGGUGGAUGGCCUUUACAGCUCUUUGGUUUCGGAUAUUGGAUUAACCAUUUUGGCUCAAGGGUGCAAGAGAUUAGUGAAGCUUGAGCUCAGUGGAUGUGAGGGUAGCUUUGAUGGCAUUAAGGCAAUUGGACAGUGUUGCCAAAUGCUCGAGGAAUUAACACUUACUGAUCAUAGGAUGGAUGAUGGGUGGUUGGCUGCGCUUUCAUAUUGUGAGAAUUUGAAAACUUUGAGGUUUUUGUCAUGCAAGAAGAUUGAUCUUAGUUCAGGGCCAGAUGAUUAUUUGGGUUCCUGUCCUGCCCUGGAAAAGCUGCAUUUGCAGAAAUGUCGGUUCAGGAACAAAAAGAGUGUCAGAGAUUUGUUUAAGGUGUGUGAAGCUGUUAGGGAAAUUGUUGUUCAGGACUGCUGGGGACUGGACAAUGAUAUAUUUAGCUCGGCAAGUGUUUGCAGGAGGUUAAAGUUACUAUCUCUAGAAGGAUGCUCCUUGCUAACGACACAGGGACUGGAGUCUGUACUUGUCAACUGGAAUGAACUUCAACAUCUUAGAGUACAGUCCUGUAAGCACAUAAAGGAUUGUGAAGUCUCUGCUGCACUUUCAACCUUAUUCUCUGUUCUGAAAGAGUUGAAAUGGAGACCAGAUACCAAAUCCCUUCUUGUGUCCAGUCUUGUUGGGACCGGCAUGGGAAAGAAAGGCGGUAAAUUUUUCAAGAGGUCACAAGCCUUGAAGUUGUUGUCUGAUGAUUAACCUCUGCAAUUUGAGUAUGCCUGGAUGAUUCGCACUGCUGCUGCAAAUAUUGGACUCAUAUCAGUAUAAAUUUAGUUAUUCAUAUAGCCGGCUGGCAUAAAUCUUAUGGUAAUUUUUCUUGUUUUUGAUCUUCACUUACAUGGAGGAGCAAGCUUAAGCUUUGAUGGAUACUAGCUUGGUAAAGAAGAUCAUCCUCUGUGGACAUCAGGUGCUUGUCCAACCGGUAUCAAACUUGUGGAGGCAAAGAACAUGCCUUUUGACUUGUUGUAUCUGCUAAUCCUUCCUGUUUGUAAUUAGACGUAGAUAACAGAUCAGAUCAUUACGGCUGUCAAAAUAUAUAUCUGAUCAACAGCAGGUUGUAUCGUCGUCCUUUAGCUUGUUGAUUUCUAGCACGCAGAAUGUUAUUAUUUUUGCUGGGAAAGUUAUCAAAAUUAUCGGACGUUACGUA